GCUUCAAACAGCAUCCGUGUCACGCCCUUUUUUUUUUUUUUUGCUACACAGUUAAUCGCAUGUGGAAGUGGAACGGACGACGUGGUUAGCAAGAGUAGACUAGACAAGGGCUGUUUUGCAAACUACAAAACGGCGUUUUCGAUUUAUUUCGUUUUAUUUAUGGUUGUUAAUUUUGUAAUUUCAAAAUUAGUAUUUGAAAAUGUCCCAUACAGUAGUUACAACGACAACCACCACAACGUCGACAUCUGAUGGGGGUAUUCUAAACAUUGGUUAUGCACGGACUGUUCAGGGUUUACUCAAAAUCGCUCAAGUGGUUGUACUGCUUAUUGCAUUCCUGUGUGUCCACUGCUCUUCUGCAUGGACAGACUACUCCGCCUUCCGUUACUUUGAGGUGGUCACUCUGUGGUUCCUCAUUGCCUUCCUUAUCUUCUUCCUGAUGUACAUCUUCAGGCUCCAGAGCAAGAUCCCCUGCAUCAACUGGACCCUGACGGAGUUUUUGCAUUAUGCCGUGGGGACAAUCCUAGUCUUCAUUGCAUCUAUAGUGGCUGCAGUGAAGUGUGGCCAAAUUUCUGCCCUUGUCGCCGGAUCGGUGUUUGGCUUCAUUGCCACUUUUUUACUUGCAGUCAGCAUCUGGAUGUCCUACAAGAUCACAUGUGGGUCCCAGCCAACAGGUGCAGCUGUGUAGGAACAAAAUUUUCAUUUUUUUAUCUGCUUUUUAUUUCUAUCUGCAUUUUAGGAAUGUUGGACAUGUUUGUCAUUUGUUUUGUUUAUAAUUGCCUUAGCAAAAAAGUGUUACAUUAGGAUCCUGGCCAGGAACCAGCAGGACCCCAUGCCACAGUAUUUAUCUCAGUAUUAGCUGUUACACGCAGGCUUGUGUUCUAGGUUGGCCAGUGGAUUUAGUUUGAUUGGGUGUAGUUGUAAGUAUAUUUUUUGCCAAAAAAGCUUUAAUUGUGUAUAUUCUGGUAUUGCCAAUGAAUAUUUGACACUGAUGUGUUACGAGGACUUAUGUAUCAAAAGCUUAAGCUUAAUAACUUAAGUAUGUUUCUUGGUGUAAUCAGUUGAUAUAAGUCAUUUGAGACAUAUUCGCACCUGUAUUUAAAAAGGCACAAUUCCUUUUUUUUUUUAAGAUUGGCUAUGUGUCAGAAUAGUGUUUAUGUUUUAGAAAAAAUAAUGUGCCUUUCACAUUCAGUGAUAUAAAACCAAAAGAUUUUGUUUGCCAUAUUUUACAUUUUAUUUCAUAUUAAAAUGUGAGCUCUCAUAGAGGAUUCUACAGUUGUGAUAUAUUAUAACUUCAUGCGGUACCAAACAAUUGAGUACAUAAGUGCAGGGCUUCGGUAGUGCAGUUUCUACUUUACAUCAAGAGUGUUAAAUUCGUAUUGAGCUCCCAAGCUCCAGGCCUCAAAUAUGUUACAUAUAGAAAACAGCCUUUGGUAGGUUGUGGGUUCAAGACAGCAGAAAAUGUGUGUACCAUUUUGGCAGUGCUCUGGGCUUGCUGACUCCACCCUGGCUAUGCCCAGCCUACAAAUGUGGUCCAUGAGACAUUUGUUUGAUAUAAACAUUGCUUCAUGUAUAGAAAAUAAAUCAGAACAUAUAUUUGGUUUAGAAGGGACCGGUACCAAGGUCAUCCACCAAAACAUGUCUUUGCUUCCAUAUAUGGAAAUGUGAGUGAAAAAUAAAAACAAACACCCAUUCCUGCAUGCUUAUCAGUAGUAGCAGUCAGAAAACAUAAUUGUGUCAAACUGCGACAUUUACAAGAAAUCCACUUGGAUAAUGACCUGUUGCUCAUUGGCUUUGAUUAAGUCUCUAAUGGUGUUGAACAUUUAAAAUCUCAUAUUGCAUAUAAAUAUAUCACUUUUCUGUUU